AUGAUCCAACGAUUGCGUACAAUAAAAAUGAAGAAAUUAACGAAAAUCAUCACAUGUGUCGUAAUAUUACUAUUAAAAUUAAAGUGUCUCAACUGCUCGAACAACACGACUACGACGCUGAUAUUACCAUCUUCCAAGUAUGCGUCAACUUCUUCCGAUCUCUCGUACGGCGGCCUCUCCCCUUCGGAACUAGCCCAGUUGUCCAGCACGGAUCUAGUACUGCCUACGACAGUGCACGCUAUAGUAUUGCUUGUUAACGCUCUACCAACGUCACCGUUUUUGCUGUCCUUUCUGCCACCCCCGACGGUAUGCAACGUUUUGGACGAACUGGCUUGGCGGCCGCCGCUGUUAAACUCCAUCGAACCACCGAACGUAGUGUGUCUGGUCGAGACGCUGUGCGCAUCACCGUCACUGCUGAAAGUCGCACCCGACCAUACCGUCAGCGAGCUGAUAACCGCGAUAUUCCUAUGCCCGAAAAUCGUGGACGCUUUGCGGCCGUCCACGGUCGUCUGUCUCUUGACCAAAAUCGCACCGACCGCGCUAUGCCGAUUGUCGCCCGCCGUGAAAGCGUCUCUAAUCCAUUGCGUUUUGUCACCGAAAGCGUUUGGCACGCUCAAGCCAGCGGAAAUAUCAACCAUCGUCGACGUGUUCGUGUCGGCCGAAUGCCCGUUGGCCGGAUCGACGAAUCCUGUCGAUUUGAUCGAACUCCUGAAAACUAUAGCGCUGUCGCCGACCUUCGGCAAUCAAACCAUAUCCACCUCACAAGUGAUCGCUUUUCUGUGCCGGUUGUCCAAAACGACUCCUGCCUUGCUCGGCUGCGUCCCACCGAAUGUCGUAAACGCUUUGCUAAGCCACUUCGUUGAGUUUAGCCAUCAAAUACCAGCCACAACCCUCGCCGACUUGGUCACCGUCUUGACUAGUCCGCCAUUUUCACUAAACUCGUUGAACCCCCUGACCGUUACUUCGUUGCUGACCGCGCUUUCGCCCGCUAGCGUGUUGUGCUCCAUCCCGUCUGCCGUGCUCAUCCAACUGUUGACCGAUCUGUCGUCGGUCAUUCUGGUGGACACCGUCACCGCGGAAGCGAUCGUAGGCCUGCUCUACGGUGUUACAUGCGUGUCGCCACAUCUGAUCUGUGAGAUACCUACGUGCGUCCGGUCUACGUAUGCCACGCGAUUGACCUCACCCGAGGUGACUAGUACGAUGUCGAUCGAGGACAGCAUCAAGUUGAUCGGUAUAUUGUGCAAAACCCAAUUAUUUUUGACCGAACUGCCAGCAAGCUCCGUGAAUGCAACCGCAACCUUUAUGGUAUCCAACGAGACGCUCUUGAACGCUACACCGCCAUCGGAUAUUAUUGAUUUCGUUCAUUCCGUAGCCACCUCGUGUGUGUUACGAGAGAUUCCACCCGAUAAUAUUAGAAAAUUGUUGUCGAUACUUAAUUCUAUGUCAUCGUUAAAAGCGUUGGACUUGAGUUACUUUUCAAAACUGCUUUCAAGUAUAGCGUGCUGCCCAUACCUCACGUCUACGCUGUCGGGCACUCAGAUCGCAAACGUACUCGCUACGCUGAUUUCGAUUCCCGGCGCGUUACAAGGAACGUCCAACUCCGUUUACAUAGGAAUUUUGACGCAACUAUUCACGACGCCUGACUGCUUAUCAGGAAUUCCGUUCACAUUGAUUUUGGAUCUGUUGAAUCAAAUCGAAAUCCAAACUUCCAAUGAUGUAUUAUGCGCAAUUCCGCCAUGUGCGAUAGCCGCGUUCGCUGAUUUUCUCGAAACGGAUGCUGAAGCAUUUACUUCAUUGCCGCCGAUAGACCUGACGGCUUUGGCGAGCUUGCUGUCCAAAUUUAAUUGCAUCUUAGCUCAGCUGUCUGUGAAAACGUUGAGUGCCCUGUUCGAUGCGAUUGUCGAGUCGUCAUUGGCAGUACCGUUGGAAAAGAAAAUCAAAUUGAUUAUCGCCAUACAGUCACUGUCGCCGUCCUUGUUGAGUUCACUACCACCCGAGCCUAUCAGUGAGAUAUUCAAAUCAUUCGGUUCGUUCGACGUGCUGGGCAGCCUGAGUACCGAGUCUCUAGCUGAAUUGAUAAUUGCCCUCUCGACGUGUCCACGUCUGCUGUCUAAUGUGGACCACGCGACGAUACGAGACUUGUUAGAGUUUCUGUCGACAUCGAAGAGCACACUGAGUGCUUUGGAACCCAAUAUCACCGCCAAUCUGGUGAUUUCAUUAUCAACUGUUGAACAGCUUCUAACGUCCAUUCCGGUGGGUUGUUUCGUACGGAUUUUACUAGCGUUGCACACAGUCUUGCCGACCGCUUCGCGCUCAAUACCAACAACCACAGUGAUAGAGCUGUUGAAAUCGUUGACGCUUCCGGACACAGUGAUGGACGGACUGACGUCAACAGACGCAGAAAACCUCGUAGAUCUAUUGAAUACUGACCACGGACUUUUGGCCGGAUUGCCACCAGUGGUGUUGGUUAACCUGCUAACAGCAAUUACUAACCGGUUCGCCACCAUGCCGUACGAUAAAAUCGUCUACCUGUUGGCGUCCGUGAACUCUGCGUCACCGUGUCUUCUAUAUGCUGUACCGGAAGUCAUAUUAGUCGGUAUACUCGAUACGAUCGGCACACGGUCUGUGAUCUGCACCCUUCCGCCUAAGUGUCUAGCCGCGUUCAUCUCUGUCUUAUCCGCGUCGCGGUGCCUGAUGGACGUCGCACCAGCCACUAUGCUAGACUCUUUGCUAGGUCUACUGUCGUCGGCGCCCACGUUAAUGGCCACGUCUGUGCCACCUAACACGCUAGCCGACUUCUGCACGAAUUUGGCUCUGACACCAUCCGCACUGAAACGAGUCGACGUGUCUAUUAUCAUUUCGCUGCUAUCCUCAGCCGAACCUGAAUCAGUUCGCACCAUACCAGCCAUGGUCCUGUACGCUCUGUUGGCAUCGCUAUCUGAUGCGAAAACCGUACACGAACUUCGACUAACUGUAGUAGCUUCGUUGCUACGGAUCAUCUCCACGACGCCACGUGUCCUCGACGCCUUGGUUGGUGACACACUCAACACGAUCAUAAUCAAGGCGGCAUCGUCAACGCGCCUGCUCCAGAAAUUGCCACCGGGUCUAUUGCUGUCCUUCUUGGAGGUGAUCGCGUCUUCACGGCUCGCACUGGAAACACUCCGACCAACCACCGUCGCUCACCUGUUGAUUUCGAUCGCCGAGACUCAACCCCGGGUCCUACUCGCCGUGCCUUCAGCCGCGGCCUCGGCCUUGCUGCUGGGAGUUUUCGGUUCGCAGCAGGCGUUCGCCUCGCUUCCGCCACCUUCGCUCAACGGUCUCAUCGACAUACUCAUCACGUUCCCCAACCUGUUUGCCAGCCUUCCACUGUCCGUCCUAGAUGACCUGCUCCGGUUUUUCACAUCGUUUCCCGCAAUCCUCGGUUCCAUUCUGUCGUGCACGUUGUUCAAGUUCCUUGCCGUUCUGUCCUCGAUGCCUACACUGCUCCAGACCUUACCUCCUGGCACACUUAUCGCAUUCAUAGAGGCACUGUGUACUGUGUCACCAAAGUUCCUGUGCGCCUUACCGGCCUCAAUUGUCACAGAGCUGUUUAGCGCCGUCACCAUCGAGCCCGCGUUGACCACACUCACGCCUUCGACGGUCGCCUUACUGAUAUCGGCUCUCAACACGUCUCCCUGCCUUAUCCUCACCUUGCCCGCGACUCUGCUAUCGACGUUAAUCACAUAUCUGACGGCCAAUCCACGGCUGUUGAGUAACACCCCUAGAACCGCGCUACUCACCUUCGUCCAAAACGUCCAAUCUCCCGAAUCCAUUCCUCGUAUCCCAGUCGUCCCAGUCGGACUUGGUCUGCCAUGUCUCGCUACCAAUCGUUUCGACAAUUUUACCGCCAUAAACAAUAACCACACGGUGACUACUCCAGAUGGCAAAACAUAUUCGUACGAUAAAGAUUCAGACACGGUGACGGUGUACAAUUUUUCUUCAGAAGAUCCCCAAACUCACUUAAAUGAAAACCAUUUUGAAGAUUCUAAAACCGAUUCAAAUCUAAAAUUAAUUCUUCCGGAAAAUUCCAAAGGAACAACUACAGUAUACGAGUUUCCCAAAAAUCAAACAGUUCCUAUCAAAUGA